GUCACACCUCUCCGCUGGGAGACGAGCCUCCGAGCGGCGGACGCUCCGGAUCAUUGAAGACCAGCAUCAUGGAGGGGACACAGCAGACCGGCAGCGCGAUGCACACCAACGGAACUACGGCCGAUCCCGAGACCGGGUCCGGGUCUCGGUCUGAUGAGCUCAUCUUCUUCGUUAACGGAAAGAAGAUCGUGGAGAAGAACCCAGACCCUGAGAUGACCCUGCUCACCUACCUGAGGAGACAGUUGGCUCUGACCGGGACCAAGCUGGGCUGUGCUGAGGGCGGCUGUGGGGCCUGCACCGUCAUGGUGUCCCGCUACCAGGCGCCCGCCAGACGGCUGCUUCAUCACGCCGUCAACGCCUGCCUCGCGCCCCUCUGCUCCCUGCACCUGGUUGCCGUGACAACGGUGGAGGGAAUCGGCAGCGUGGCGAGGAAGCUCCACCCCGUCCAGGAGAGAAUCUCAUUGGCUCACGGCUCUCAGUGCGGCUUCUGCACCCCGGGCAUCGUCAUGUCCAUGUACGCCCUCCUGAGGAACAACGCCACACCCAAGAUGGCCGACGUGGAGGAAGCCUUCCAAGGGAACUUGUGCCGGUGUACAGGCUACAGACCGAUCCUGGACGGGUUCCGCACUAUGACCAAGGAUGGCGGCGGCUGCUGUGGAGGCAGGGGGCGGGGCCAGGGCUGCUGUAUGACCAAUGGGAAGGAAGCUGAUGAAGUCAGCACGCUGUUCAACGCCUCCGACUUUACGCCCUUUGACCCCACACAGGAAGUCAUCUUCCCCCCUGAGCUCAUGGCUCUCUCUAAGGGUCAGAGGUCACAGACUCUGUGUUUCCGUGGCGACCGGACCACCUGGAUCCAGCCUGGAAACCUGGACCAGUUCCUGGAGCUGAAGUGGAAACAUCCUGACUCCAAAGUGGUGGUGGGAAACACGGAAGUAGGGAUUGAGGUAAAGUUUAAGAACAUGGUCUAUCCCGUCAUCCUGGCCCCGGCCUUCAUCCCUGAACUCAACGCAGUGACUCACACCGACGACGGGAUCGAGUUCGGUGCAGCGUGCACGCUCAGCCACAUGGGGGCGGUGCUGAGGAAGGAGGUGGAGACUCUUCCUCAGCACCAGACCCAGGUCUACCUCGCCAUCCUGGAGCAGCUGCACUGGUUCGCUGGGGCCCAGAUACGCAACGUAGCGGCCAUCGGGGGAAACAUCAUGACUGCCAGCCCCAUCUCAGACCUGAACCCUGUGUUCAUGGCCACCGGCUGCAGACUCACCCUGAUGGACAAAGAGGGAUGCCGUGUGGUCCGGAUGGACGACGGCUUCUUCACCGGCUACAGGAAGACCAUCGUACGGCCACAGGAAGUCCUCGUCUCCGUCCACGUCCCCCACAGCAAGAGGACUCAGUUCGUCUCCGCCUUCAAACUGUCUCGUCGACGUGAGGAUGACAUCAGCAUCGUUACCGCGGCGAUGAGCGUCACCUUCUCCCCCCAGACCAACGUAGUGGAGGAACUGAUGCUAAGCUACGGAGGCAUGGCAGCUAGCACGCAGCUAGCCACAGAGACGGCUAAGAGGCUGAGAGGAAGGUCGUGGGGGGAGGAGCUUCUACAGGAUGCUUGUUCCUCAUUGGCUGAGGAGAUGACCCUUGACCCCUCGGCCCCAGGAGGCAUGGUGACGUACCGGAGAACUUUGGCCCUGAGCCUCUUCUACAAGUUCUACCUGACGGUGCUGCAGAAGCUCCGCCUCCAGGGUGUCAGCGUGGAGGAGGCGGGGCCAGAGUGUCAGAGCGCCAUCCAGGAGUUCCGCCCAGAGACGGCGUCCAGCGUCCAGCUCUACCAGGCGGUGCCAGAGGGCCAGAGCCAGGACGACGUAGUGGGCCGUCCCAUGAUGCACCUGUCGGCCAUGAAGCAGGCCACAGGUGAGGCGGUUUACUGCGACGACAUGCCGCUGUACGAGAACGAGCUUUACCUGGCGCUGAUCACCAGCAGCAAGGCUCACGCCACCAUACGGUCUGUAGAUGUGUCAGAAGCAGAACGUUGUCCUGGCUUCGUGUGCUGCGUGUUCGCUGAGGACGUCCCUGGUAGCAACGCCACCGGAGCCAUCGUACAUGACGAGACCGUCCUCGCUGACGGCAAGGUGACCUGUGUGGGACACAUCAUUGGCGCCGUGGUGGCCGACACUCAGCUCCACGCGCAGAGAGCUGCCAAGGCCGUCAGGGUCCAGUAUGAGGAGCUGCAGCCUAUCGUCACCAUCCAGGAGGCCAUCGCUGCCCAGUCCUUCUAUCAUCCGAUCAGAACCAUCCAGAAGGGAAACAUGGAGGCGGGGUUUAAACAAGCUGACCACAUCCUGGAAGGUGAGAUGCACAUUGGGGGUCAGGAACAUUUCUACCUGGAGACGAACGUCACUCUGGCUGUUCCUCGAGGAGAAGAUGGAGAGAUGGAGCUCUUCGUUUCCACCCAGGCACCCACCAAGACACAGGCUGUGGUGGCGGAGGUGUUGGACGUACCCGUUAACCGGGUGGUGGUCCGGGUGAAGAGGAUGGGCGGGGGCUUCGGAGGGAAGGAAAGCCGGACCACCAUCUUGUCCUCGGUCGUCGCCGUGGCAGCAAACAAGCUAAAGAGGCCGGUCAGGUGCAUGUUGGACAGAGACGAGGACAUGUUGAUCACUGGAGGGAGACACCCUUUCUACGGGACAUACAAGGUGGGUUUUCUGAGCAGCGGUAAGGUCGUGGCUCUGGACGUGUCCUACUACAGUAACGUGGGGAACUCCCUGGACCUGUCUCUGUCGAUCAUGGAGCGCGCUCUGUUCCACAUGGAGAACUCCUACAGCGUGGCCAACGUCCGCGGCCGAGGGUUCCUGUGCCGCACUAACCUGCCGUCCAACACGGCCUUCAGGGGCUUCGGAGGACCCCAGGGCAUGAUGAUCGCCGAGAGCUGGAUGACGGACGUGGCUCAGACUCUGGGGCGGUCGACUGAGGAGGUGAGGCGGUUGAACCUGUACCAGGAAGGAGAGUUGACGCCCUACAACCAGGUCCUGGACCGUCUCACCUUGGACCGCUGCUGGGACGAGUGUCUGUCCCGCUCCGGAUACGAGCAACGACGGGCCGCCAUCGACCUCCACAACAGACAGAACCGUUGGACCAAACGAGGCCUGGCCGUGGUCCCCACCAAGUUUGGCAUCAGCUUCACGGCGACCUUCCUGAACCAGGCUGGAGCUCUGGUUCAUAUCUACACAGACGGUUCGGUUCUGUUGACCCACGGGGGGACCGAGAUGGGACAGGGUCUACACACCAAGAUGGUCCAGGUUGCCAGCAGGGUUCUGGGUAUCCCUUGUUCAAAGAUCCACAUCUCAGAGACCAGCACCAACACAGUCCCCAACACCAGCCCCACCGCCGCCUCCGCCUCCUCGGACCUGAACGGCGCUGCGGUGCAGAACGCCUGCGCGGUCCUGGUGAAGCGCCUGGAGCCGUACAGGACCAGGAACCCCACAGGAUCAUGGGAGGACUGGGUGAAGGCGGCGUACUUCGACAGAGUCAACCUCAGCGCCAACGGCUUUUUCAAGACUCCGGAUCUCGGCUAUGACUUCAACUCAAACUCCGGCCGAGUGUUCAACUACUUCACCAACGGAGUGGCGUGUUCAGAGGUGGAGAUCGACUGCCUGACUGGAGCUCACAAGAACCUAAGCACCACCAUAGUGAUGGACGUAGGUCACAGUCUGAACCCGGCCAUAGACAUCGGACAGGUGGAGGGGGCCUUCAUGCAGGGUCUGGGUCUCUUCACCCUGGAGGAGCUUCAGUACUCCCCCGAGGGCGUCCUCCUCACUCGGGGUCCUGGUUCUUAUAAGAUCCCGGCCUUUGGGGACAUCCCCACCCAGCUCACCGUCUCCCUGCUCCGCGACGCCCCUAACGACAAGGCCAUCUUCGCCUCCAAGGCCGUCGGCGAGCCUCCUCUCUUCCUGGCAUCCUCCGUGUUCUUCGCCAUCAAAGACGCCAUAAGCGCCGCCCGGGCGGAGUCGGGCCUCAGCGGACCGUUCAGGCUGGAUAGCCCCGCCUCCACUGAGAGAAUCCGCAUCGCCUGCAGCGACCGCUUCACCAAACUGUGUCCUCCUGCCGAGGCGGGAACCUUCAGACCCUGGUCUGUGCAGGUGUAGGGUUCAGAUCCUUCAGCUGAUUGACAUCUGGACUAGAAGACGUUUCCUGGUGCUGGUGCUGGUGCUGGAGGAAUCUGCUCUGAAACCUUGUUUUAUUCUUAUUCUAUAAAUUAUGACCUGAAUGAACCUUCACUUAAUGCUCCCGGUUCCACGUAGAACCCUGGAGAACGUUUUUAUUUAAACACUAAAGAGAUUCACUGAUUCAGAACUGUUACAAGAACUUUGAUGUACAUGAGUUUUUCACUGUCUGUCAAAUAAAUGAUCCACUGUAAUGUUCUCCUCAGAAUAAAGAUGUCGUCAUUUUA